AUGCGUCUCACCGUCGAGCUCAUCCAAAAUUCGCUAUCAUACAUUAAUCCGCUCACAGACCGCGAGCUGGAUCUCCGAGGGCACAAGAUCCCCACCAUUGAGAACCUGGGUAUCGCCAAAGAUCAAGACGCAAUCGACUUCACCGACAACGACCUGUCCUCCCUAGGGAACUUCCCAUUCUUCCCCCGCCUCCGCACUCUCCUCCUUGCCCGCAACCGCAUCAAUCACAUCCAACCGUCACUAGCAACAUCCAUCCCUGCUCUGAAGACGCUCGUGUUGACAGCGAACAACCUAUCCGAGCUAGCGGAUCUUGAUCCGCUGCGCGAUCUCCGCCAUCUGACCCACCUCACCCUGCUCGAGAACCCAUUGACACGGAAAGAGAACUAUCGCUACUGGGUCAUCUGGCGCAUUCCCUCCGUCCGUUUCCUCGACUACCAAAAAGUAUCUGACGCCGAGCGCGCCAAGUCCGCCGAGCUCUUCGGCACAGUCGAAGAACCUUCCUCCCUCGCAUCUAAAAUCCUCGGCGUGAAGUCCCGCACCUUCGACGUCCCCGCUACUACAUCCGCCCCCGCUGAAAAGGGCAUUCGCGUACAGCUGACAGAUGCGGAGCGCAAGCGUGUGGAGAAGAUGAUUCGCGAGGCGAAGAGUCUGCGGGAGAUUACGAGGUUGGAGAAAGAGCUUAAUGAAGGUCGGAUACCCGGUGGUGCGCUUGGGGAUGCAGAUGGCGACCAGGACAUGCAGAUGUAA